AUGCGUGGUUUUCUUUUGUUUAUUUUACUUGUUUAUCAAAUAAUAGCUCAAAAUGCGACUAACGAAACAGGUUCGAAUUGGAAUGAGACAACCCUAGAAGAAAAUCUAUUAGAAUUAACAACACCAUCUCCUAUCAAUUCGAAUGCUAUUCCUGUUCCCGAAAUCGAUAUCUCAACAUCUGUCACCUAUGUCUUGCACGAAAUAUUUCGUAUGUACAAUCCGUUUUGUUGGCGCCAUUCGUAUAUGCGGGGUAUCGGUCGUCUGCCGAAUACAUGUUCCGAUGAUGCACCUGAACAAGAUGGUUCUCUUUGUUAUCCAUUAUGUCGCACUGGUUUUAAUGGCGUCGGUCCUAUUUGUUGGGAAAAAUGUGAAAAUAUCACAUCAUUUGGUUUUGCUUGUAUCGACAUUCGUUUAUCCAAUCGUUCAUGUCCAUGGUAUGAUAAAUGUGGCAUAGUUAAAAGUUCAUGUGUAUCAUGUCCUGAAAAGUACAUAAAGCUCGGUUGUGUAUGUGGACGAUUUUAUUUACGAAAUAAAUAUGGUCGAGGUAUUGGUUCAGCGUUAAAAUGUUCGAAAGACGAUGAAAGUUUUGGACCUCUUUGCUAUGAACAAUGUUAUGGAGAGUUUUACGGCGUUGGUCCUAUUUGUUGGCAGCAUUGCCCAUCGACUCAUCCAUAUUCAUGCGUUGCUGGCUGUUCAAUAACCAAAGCACUUUGCCACAGUCAAGUUAUAGAAAUGGUUCGAUCGGUGGUCGGAGCUGCGCUAUCCAUACUUAAUAAUGUUGUUGGCAUCCCAUUUAUUACAUUGAAAACAUUAGAAAUUGUUUCCAAAGCAACUAAAUAUGAAUGGGGAUCGGUUGCAAAGGAUUUUUCAAUCAUAUCUUUACAACUCUCUGAAAAACUUGUGCCAGAAUUCGUUCAGAGAUUUCUCCAUUGGAAAUUAGAUAAGGUCGAAUCAGCUACGAAAAAUGCAAGUUUAAUUUUAACAGUCACAGCGAUGCAAGAUAAAAAUAUUUUAUUACCAUUCUUAAGAUUUUUUAAUUUCGAUUCAGUCUAUAAAGCAUUUAAUCAUGGAAAUUGCGAACUAUCGAAUGAUAAUUUUGAUUAUGAUGAAUAA